GACAGAGAGCUACAGAGACUGCAGGAGAGGAGGAAAGAAGGACAGACAUAAUAAACGGAUAAACAGACGGAGAGUGAAGGACUUUCCAAAUGGGUGAGCUUGGGUGAGGGGAAACAAACUCUGCUGCAUCCUGGACAGAGAGUGAGUGAGGGAGAAACGUGACAGGAGGAGAACUGAGAAGGGUGACAGAGGGGAGAGAAGAGUUAGACAGUGGGGAUCCUAAAAAAGAUCCUUGGACGGUUGGCAAAAUAAGAGAUUUGCACUCUUCAUAGUCUCUUCACUCUCUCAUGACUGCAUGUAACAGCAACAGCUAACGCUGAUUCAGGUCAGUGGUUCCUGUUUGCUCUGUUAAAGGGGGAAGAAAAAGGGAAGAAAAGCAAACAAGGACAGGUAAUAAAGAAUGAUGACAGAUGAAAAAGAGGAAUUAUUUCAGAGCAUGUACAUGCUUUUCUGUUUCACUGUUGUAGCAGUAAGUUUGGAGUACUUUGAAUAGAGGGAGUGGGGAGAGAGGGAGAGGGAGACUCAAACACCAAAAAAGGUCUGGAGUCAGGGCUGGAGAAAUUGCAGGCUUGACAGAUGCUGCACACCCGUGGGGAGAGAAGAAUAAGGAGAGAGACAGACAGAGAGAGAGAAGGGGACUGACACACAAUGACAAGCAGGACGUAAGUGACAAUCAACUAGAAGCAGAAGGGGUGGGGGGUGGGGGGGGGUGUACAGUCCGAAAUAGUGAGGGUGAGUUGUUCCUGUAAAUGUAAUUGUCAAGAUACCAACCAGAGCCACUGUAAACCCAGAGGUAGAGGAACAUUUCCAUUCUAAAUCAACCAUGGACACCAGGGUUUCACUGCAACUCUAAACCAAAGGGACCCCUCAGACACCGGCUGUCAUGUCGACGGGCCCUGGCCUUGGUGCACCUGACCUGUCCGAGGGCCCCCCGACCAUUGGACCUGUUGGGCUCCAGACCCUGUUGGAUCUACUGGUGGGCGUCUACCAGGAGUUCGACUCCUCUCCCUUUGCAAGGGAGAAGUAUGUCUCUGGUUUCCUGCAAUGGGCUGAUCCCUUGGUGAGGCAGGUGAAGAGGACUCGCAUCAAAAGAGAAGACUUUCACAUCCUGAAGGUGAUUGGCCGAGGCACAUUCAGUGAGGUUGCCGUGGCAAGGAUACGAAGCACCCAACAAGUGUACGCUCUGAAGAUUAUGAAUAAGUGGGACAUGUUAAGGCGAGGAGAGACAGCAUGUUACCAGGAGGAGAGGGAGGUUCUGCUGAGGGGUGACAGACGCUGGAUCACAGAGUUGCACUAUGCCUUUCAGGAUGACAACUAUCUUUACCUGGUGAUGGAUUACUAUGUAGGGGGGGACCUGCUGACUCUGCUCAGUAAGUUUGGAGACCGGAUCCCUGAGGACAUGGCUCAGUUCUACCUGGCAGAGAUGGUCAUGGCCAUUGAUUGUGUGCACAGACUGGGCUACGUACACAGAGACAUCAAACCUGACAACAUCCUGCUGACAGCUGAUGGACACAUCCGACUAGGGGAUUUUGGUUCCUGUCUGAGGCUCCUAGAGGAUGGGAUGGUUCACUCGUCUCUAGCAGUUGGGACCCCUGACUAUUUGUCUCCAGAGAUUUUAAGGGCAGUGGAGGGAGGUGGAAGUUAUGGUCCUGAAUGUGACUGGUGGGCUCUGGGUAUCUGUGCCUAUGAGAUGCUGCUUGGGACCACACCCUUUUACGCAGAGUCCAUCUCUGAAACUUAUGCCAAGAUCAUCCACUUUCAGGAGUAUUUUGAGUUCCCCUCUUCUGGCCCUGAGAUUUCAGACAAGGCUCGUUCCUUCAUCACUGGACUCAUCUGUGAGAGGGAAGUCCGUCUGGGAAAGAAAGGCUCCAGUGACUUCAGGAACAAUCCGUUCUUCUGUGGACUAGACUGGGGUUCCCUACAUAAACUCCCUGCCCCCUUUCUGCCUGAAGUAUCUGAUCCAACUGACACCUCCAACUUUGACAUUCUGGACGACUGUCUCAGUGAAAUGGAGACACUGUCUGAUGUAAUGGACAGAGCUCCAGUAGGUGUACACUUGGCUUUUGUUGGAUACUCUUACACCGCUACCAGUCAGACGGGUGCCAUCGACCGCAGUCAAGACAUUAUGAUGCAGAUUGACCCCACAAGGCUGAGGGACUGCAAGACCCUGUACACACCAGAUAAACUGAACCAGCUGUGGCAGCUCACAGACACUCCACCAGACGACUUGCCUCCACUGCUAGAGUUCCCACUCACUCUGGAGCAAAGACCUACUGCAUCCACCCACACCACGACCGAGGAGGACACUGACCAAAUAUCAGGACUUGAUGAGGACUUGCAGAGACGGUUACAAGAAGCAGAGAGGAGAUAUUGUGAGCUGGAGAAAGAAAUGGAGCGACUGAAGGGGGAGAUGCAGGACUGGAGAGCCCCCAAGGAGACAGAGCUGAGUAUCUGCCCAGCAUCUCUUGCUCUGCCUGCCCACUGUGUGGACCCACCAGGGGAUAGGGAGAGAGUGCCCCCAGCCUGCCAUUACCCGCUGGUGAUUCCUCUCCACCGCCACCUGCUCCUGUUCCACAGGGUUCGCCUCCCACAGGUGAAGAGUGAGUCAUACCUGCUGGUGUGUGCAGAAGGGGGUGAGCUCCAAGCCUGGGAGAGACACUGUUGUACUGAGAUCUCUUAAAUGCGCCUCAAGGCAGCACAUGCUGACUUCUCUCACUAUAACAGGACAAAGGACUGAGCCCCUGCUGUACACUCACUCCCUGCUCCACUCCUCAAGAAAUAGCAAGACUAAAACACUUCUAAUGAGAGAUGCUGAGGGUGCCAUUACUGUACAGGAUUUUCAAAAUGAUGAGAAAGGCAGGUCAGACUGCUGAGAGCUAUGAGGAAGAAAUUAUGAGGAUAUCUUCUGACCUACCUUACUUGCUCACCAGACUAAAGGUGAAAAUAGAGAUGUACUAAGGUCAGAGGCUGCACUAAUGUGUGACAAUGAUGAUGAUAUUUGAGUGACACAGAGGGGCCCAAAGAUCACUCUAUGCGCACACUAUCUUCUGGUCUAUUUGAAAAGUGUCCUGAGAUAACUUCUGUUAUGAAUUGGCGCUAUACAGAUAAAAUUUAAUUGAAUUGGUAUCUUAGACCAUAUAGGUGCAUUUAGUUGUUCCAGUGAAUAUUUCUCUUGUGUAUCUGCACCUUGGGGUGGUUUGUACUUGUGUUGCACUACUAUAGGCAUGUUUUUGCUGUGCCUGCUUAUCAAGUAGUUAGUAUUAGUAUUCAAAAGGUUACUAAUAAUGACCAUGAUAUCUGUAUAUUAACUUAAGCCACACCUCCACAGGCUACUCCAGGGUGAAAGGUGUGCUGUAUUUGCUUGCAGUCACUCUUUAAUCUAUCUUACUUUGGCCAUGUGAGCUCAAAAUAAUCAGAUUUUGCUGAUAGCACAGAUUUAAUUGCAAUAAUCGGAACAAAAGGUUGCUGAAAUAACUACAUCAUGAUGCUGAUUUGAAAAAAGUAUUUGAAUUUUACUUUGUCAGGUUAGUCUGCAAGAUGACAAGAAAACAACUUUUAAAAGGUAUGUUUUCUGAAUGGAGUUUAGAUUGAUCAGGGAUAUGUUAACUUAGUUUAUAGUGAAGUAAAACCAAUGGCUGGAAUCAAGUAACAGACACGUAUUUAAAAACUCACCAUGUAGGCUAGUUUCCUCUUACUUUUCUCUGAGCAAUGUUCUGUCCGGUCUCUGUAUAAAUAUGACGUAGUAUAAAAGAGCUUUGGGUGCACACAGAGGGAAGUGUGGGGGGGUCACCUCUGUGGCUCACAGCAGACAGGUUGAGAAGAGAGUGAAUAUGAUUACACUUUUUAAUGGCAGAGGUUUAAAGGUUUUAAAAUAAUCUCUCCUGUUAUCAGUAAACGUCUCCAUAAACGACUCUGGCUGUUUAUUCCUCAAGAAGCUCUAGCUCUGCCCCUGGGACUCCGGGUCAAGCUGCUCUGUCUGUCCGCUCCUACUCACGCAACACUGCAAAAGCCCUGACACAUUUUUUGCUUAAAGUUGAAUAUUUUAUUCAAUUAUUAUUGCAAAUACGCAGAAGGGGCAAUUUUGCAUACCAUUUCUGUUAUUCAUCUCUUUGCAUUGACAUGUAAUUUCAUCGGGCAAAAAAUUUGCUUUCUGUGUGAACACGCCAUUAGUGUAGUGUGUAACAGUGAGACAAUAUAUAGGCACAGACAUAGUUUUUUCAUGCACUUUAAGUGUGGGCUUUUUUGCUCCCAUAACAUGUUGUCUUUUAGACAAGUGGAGAGAAAUCGCCCAAAAUAGAUUUUUUUAUUUUUAUUACACUUUACUACAGAUUUCCCACCAAAUGUCAGCAUUAGCGUAUUAUGUCAUGUAUAAACAUACAUUGAUAAAACUUGUAAUGCUAAAAAUAAUUUUCUUAAUGUAAGUAAUCA